CCAUCGAUAUCGACGAACGAUAGGGCCGAUAGGUUCGGACAAAUAACGCCUCCUGCUAUCGAAAGUCGGGUCGUGCGUCAACGUUAGCGAAAAAUGCAAAAUUAAAUAUGUUGUGAGUAGCGAGCGAUGCCAAAUCGAAUAUGUUAUGUUCUUGGAUCGUUCGAUGUGGUCUUUGUUCAUUAGUAACCAUCACUCUCAGCCUCCGAGUCACCGAAAUCUGGUCAAGAACUUAGCGUAGACCCGUAAUUAGCAAUAGCAAUAGCCAAAGAGAGCCUGGAUCGUAAGCGCUGGAGGAGGUCUGCAGAGCGAGCAAAGCCGAAGUACAAAUGCACCAAUCGAAACUACAACAGAAUCUAUAACUUGGAACGGGUGAAUUCAACGCCCGCCAUACAACCAAUUAGCUAGGUGUCCGAGGGUCCAGAGAAGGGAGUCCAGGAGACCAUCCCACCAUCCAAACAGCAUACAUUUUAUAUACGGAACGGUCUGUCGAGCGUAGUGGCAGCAGCACGCGAAAGCGUCUAUAAAUCUAGUUAGCAUGGAGUGCUGUUUAUCGGAGGAGGCCAAGGAACAAAAGCGCAUCAAUCAGGAAAUCGAGAAGCAGUUGCGCCGGGACAAGAGAGAUGCGCGCCGCGAGCUUAAACUGCUACUACUGGGCACUGGCGAGUCCGGGAAGUCCACAUUCAUCAAACAGAUGCGUAUUAUCCACGGCAGCGGUUACUCGGACGAGGACAAGCGUGGGUACAUCAAGCUGGUUUUUCAGAACAUAUUCAUGGCCAUGCAGUCAAUGAUCAAGGCCAUGGAUAUGCUGAAGAUUUCCUACGGCCAGGGAGAGCAUAGUGAACUGGCCGAUCUGGUGAUGAGCAUCGAUUAUGAGACCGUUACCACGUUCGAGGAUCCAUACUUGAAUGCCAUCAAAACGCUUUGGGACGAUGCUGGCAUCCAGGAGUGCUAUGAUCGUCGUAGGGAAUAUCAGCUGACUGAUUCAGCCAAAUAUUAUCUGAAGGAUCUCGAUCGUGUGGCUCAACCUGCAUAUUUACCCACUGAGCAAGACAUUUUAAGAGUUCGUGUGCCCACAACAGGGAUAAUUGAGUAUCCCUUUGAUUUAGAAGAAAUCAGAUUUAGAAUGGUAGACGUCGGUGGUCAGCGAUCCGAGAGAAGAAAGUGGAUUCAUUGCUUUGAGAAUGUGACAUCAAUUAUAUUUUUGGUAGCGCUAUCGGAGUACGAUCAAAUCUUGUUUGAAUCUGAUAAUGAGAAUCGAAUGGAGGAAUCUAAAGCUUUAUUUCGUACUAUAAUUACAUACCCUUGGUUUCAAAAUUCGUCAGUUAUUCUUUUCCUGAAUAAGAAGGACUUGUUGGAAGAGAAAAUAAUGUAUUCGCAUUUGGUAGACUAUUUUCCUGAAUACGAUGGUCCUCAGCGAGAUGCAAUAACGGCCCGAGAGUUUAUACUGCGAAUGUUUGUAGAUUUAAAUCCAGAUUCCGAAAAAAUUAUCUAUUCUCAUUUCACGUGUGCUACAGAUACGGAAAAUAUAAGGUUUGUGUUUGCAGCUGUUAAGGACACAAUUCUGCAAUCGAACCUUAAGGAAUAUAAUUUGGUCUAAACUGGAUUUGGAUCGAAAAACUAUUUUUGUGAUUUUUAUACAAACACACAUACACAUUCAUAUAAUUCCUUUUUCGCAUAUUUACUAAAUAUAAAAGAAGAAUUGAGAAGCGAGCGAAUGUGGCCGAAAAUUAGGCAUAAAUUAGACCCGAGAAAGUUUCUUACGUUUGUUACAUCAGGAACCGAAAAUUGUAGCAUAAAUAGAAUACUAAACUGAGAUGCUAAAACCGCAUCAGCAGAAUGAUGAAAAAGAUGUAUACAUUUUAAUUUGAGAGAAAAAUAACACAAAAUCUGAUACAGUGUGACAACAAAUAAUCAGGGCAGAGUUUCUCUUACGAAUGUGACGAUUCGUAAAACAUUUAUUUAUAUUGCAGUACUUCUAUUCUUUCUAGCGGCAAAGUUUUCAGAAAACGUUGUGUGAAUUUUUUUUUUUUGUUUCGACUAGGAAAACUCUUGAAAGUCAAAAAGACAGUGGCCAGAAAUGAUUGGUACCCAAUCGAUAGAGUUUUUGGUUAGAUUUGAAUAAAUCUGAUGGUAGUUUUUCCUUCCUACACAAGAAACAUGAUUUCCUUGAAAAGUUUUUAUACAAAAUAUCGUCCGAAUUAGUUGUUGUCACUCUGUAAUAUUUAAAUAAAUUUAUUACUAUAGUAACUUUUGUAAUAAAAUCCGAAACACAAAAUAUGAAACGUAAAUUUAAUCAAAAGCUUGAUAAGGAACAACAAACUGAAACAACUUUGUCGUACUGAAGCAUAACAUAAUAAAGCAACAUUUUACUAAAUAACUACAGAAAAACAAAAACAUACUUUUGCGUAAAAAUCCCCCGAAAUAUAUAUAUAUUCAAAGAAUUAUAUAUGCAAGAAGUUUCUUAUUAGAAUUUCAGGGCAUAUAGGCGUGUAAAAAUAAUAAACCGAAAAUGAUAAGCUGAUAAAAUGAUAAAAUGAAUGAAAACGAAAUCACAGAUAAUACUGUAUUUUUUAUUAAGCUAAACAGUAAACCGUAAAUAUUGAUACUAUUGUUUACCGAAAUAUUUAACUAUACAUGAAAGCAGAUAUAAUAAUUCAUAAACGCAUAUGUAACAAUUUAAAAAUUGAUUAAUUUGCAUUGCGCGAGCUCCAUUCAUUGUAAAUUACGAUUCGUAUUAAUACCAUGAGAAUGAAAAGAAAAGAAAUGAAACGCAUGCAAACCAAUACAAAAACGAUAUAGGAGCUAGAUUUGUAUGAGAAAAGCCAGAAACAUUUACAUGGAGCAUUCAUUAAAUACGUGUUUGUAAAAAAUGUCGAUAACCACCCAUGCAACAUGCAACAUGCAACAGCAGAAUCCAUACAACUUAUUGAUAUUUAAUCAGACAUCAGGUUAAAUCCAAUCAAAUGCGAUAUACCACUGGUCGAGAAACACAACUAUCAGAAGGGAAAGUUUUGCUCUCACGUACUUUUGUUGCCAUCAAAAUUUCAGUCGAAACAUUGUUAUCAAAAAUAGCUUGAUUUUCGUACUUUUUACAUUAACUUUGUUAGUUGUUUGCUUAUUUUAUAGAUCUUAAUGUAUGCAACAAGGGACUCGCUUUGGCGGCUAGCCAAAACGGCGAUGUCUGGCCAAGUGGGUUCAGUGUUUUGUUUUUGUUUUUAUAAUUUUAGUUUAAUUUAAUAUACAAGGAUAACUAAAUGAGACGCACAUAAAUAGAAAACCCCAUCAACAAAUUAUUUAUGUAAAAAUCCAAAUAAAAACAAUUCUACUCUACGCAUAUGUGGAAACAAAAAAUAAAUAAAAUGGAAAACAAUUGAAACGUACAUGUAUGUAAAAUAAAUAUGAUGCAAAAUGUUUUUCAUAAUUUAUAGUACACUUAUUUUGUUCAACCGAGCGAGAUUCCCUCAACCCACAUCCCCAUCAUUUGGCGUUUAGUUCCCUCGGGGCCACAGAGGAGUAGACACUUUGCCACGACUCCAAGCGGAAGACACUACUCAUGGGAGUGGAGAAUUGAGAUAUUCCUAUGACCGCGAAUAACCAAAAACCAAGACGCAUCUUAGUUUAAGUACGAUUCAACAGUGUGUUGUAUAAAGCUUUAAUCCUCGUAACCACAUAUAGUGAAAGUAAAAGUAAAGUAAAAAUUAAACCAUUUUUAUGAUUAACCAAUGGAUUAGCUUUUAAAAAGCUUCAAUAAGUCAAUGUGUAUUUUAAAAGAUGUAGCCGAGAACACAAUGAGAAAAAAAAGCCAAUGAGUUUUGAGGGCCCGUUCGGUAUGGAUAUGGAAUCGGUUUAGGUUCUUGCGAAUAUGCGAAUACAAAAAUUCACAGCUGGCAUCCAAUUUGGUAGCUCCGAUUUUGGCCUGGCCCAUUUUUUAUAUCCACGGCAUUAUAGACAUUCACACACUGACAUACAUAUAUAUAGUUUUCCGUCCAAUGAAUUGCAUCAGCAUCAGCGAGCAGACAAAGUCUCCCAUUUAUUUUGAUCCUUAACAUUUGCGAUUUGUUUCUUCCGAAAAUUCCAUCCUUUAAAACAAGAGUUUUUCGGCGGUUUCAAUGAUAAAAUGUUCCGACUUUGCAGCCACACAUACGCACACUUUAAAUUGAUCGAUUUCGAUAUGAUUUCCCUAACAUUUUGUGCCUUUCCAGCAUAAUGAAUCCCCAUAUUUUAUAUAUAGGACAGACUCCAAAUGGGUACUCCAAACUUGAUUUAUUUUUUUUUUUUGUACCACUAAUGGAGCCUGUUAAAAGCCCCGAGACAUUCAGAUUAUCAGCAUGUGUGUAUGGCCAGAUUGUUGUGCUUUGGGUUGAUAGAUUGGUUCCUUAAUUUUAUGAUACGCACCGAUAGUCAGACAGUUGUAUGUAAAUAUUUGGCAAAUUACUCGCGAGGGCAUUCAAAAGGCCUCCCGAGAGAUAUACCACAUAAUCGAGCAUGUGUAUGUAAGUGUACAUUAAACGCAAAAUGAACUAUAAUAAAAUGAGAAUUUGAUAUAAACCAUUAAUGUAUGUAUUUUGUAUUUUUAUAUACAAUUUAUAAUUUUGAUUACACUUACAAUUGUUACGAUUAAUAACUAAAAUUACAUGAUAAAACCAAAGUAACGCAGAUGAAUCUACUAGAUAUGUAUUUCCAAUAUAGAGAAGCCGAGUACAUAAUACACAAAUCCGACGAUUGCUAAAGGAAUUUCAGAAUAUUGUAAGGAAUUAAGAUUUAAAAAAAAAGAAAUUUUCUAAGCAACAAACUCAAACAGAACUGCAAGCAAAAGGGACAACAAUUUAAAUGGGAAAUUUAUGUAAUUGUGUAAAUCUAGAGCGGAAUGAAAGCGAAGGAUGCAAUUUGAUCCUUCGGGCCGGAUACUCGAUAAGUAUGGCCACGAUUUUCAGAUACUUGAAAACCAUUUAGGCAUGGCAUUCGGUGGCUAGUUUUUACUUUAACUAUGUAUGUAAAUGAAAGAAUGACCACAUUCCACAUAAGAAAGCUUGAAAAGCAAAAAAAAAUGAAAAAAAAAAAUUCUUAAAAAAGAAUCCCGAAUGAAAAUCGCCCUUGACGUUGAGGAAAACUACAUUAUCGAUAAUAGGAAUGGCUAGACGAAGUUUUCGGUUUUGAAAUAAAACCCUCUAUAAACUCAGCAUCGGGAUAAGCAGUAAGAAAUGUUAGUUGUGAGUUCGGGCGUCAUUAGGGAGAAAUAGUAAUAUUCGACUCUAGUUUCUCCAUUGCACACCUAAGCAUAUACAUACAUACGUGUAAAUCGGAAGCUAAUGAAACAUCCACUGAAACUGCAUGCUUAGCCUAGGAUUAAGGCAAUCCCACACAGACCGAUUGCCCCGAUUUGGAGACAGAGACAGUCCAACAUGUCCAUGGGCCGACUAUUGAUAACUGUAGCAUUUGAAUUGAAUUGAUUGAAUUGAUAUUGGACGUACGGGGUUUUCCUGGGUGUCUAUACAUUUGUCAUACAAAUCAUAUUGACGGAGCAAACGGCGAUUGUAUGCGUGGCAAUUGUAACUAAACAAAUUUUUUAGAUAAUUAAAAGUAUCUAUGUACACCUUAAUAUUAAUGAAAAAACCAAUAUAAUAUAAAUAAAAGUAUAUUGAAAAGAC